AUGGACAUAGCCAAAGCUAAACCAGGCCGGGCGGGCGGGCGCUACGGCCGAGGAGCCGAGGGCGGCCGAGGACAGCCCCUGCCCCGCCGCGGCUGCCUAUUGUUCCCGACGGAGGCCGGGCCGCAGCCGCCCGGCUCCCCACGCCGCUGCCGCCGCCGCCGCCGCCGCCGCCUGCCGCUCGCUCACCGCGCUGGUCCGAGCAGCAGCUCCUCUCAGCUCCGAGUCCCCGCGGCCGUCGCCACCGCCGCGGCAGCCACCGCCGCCGCCAAUGCCACCGUCGACUCUGACUCUGUCCCAGGCCGCCGGACCACGGCCGCCGCUGCCACCGCCAGCGCCGCCUCCGGCCUCCCACCUGCUGCUGAGGCUGCUCCUGCAGCAGGGGCCAUCUUGUUGGUCUGCCUCCUCUUCCUCCUCCUCCUCCUCCUCCUCCGCCCCGUCGCUCGUUGUCCUCGUCCCCUUCCUCUUCCUCGGGCUCCGGCCCGCCCCAGAGACUGGGGCGGAGACCAGAGUGAGGCCCCUCCUUCCGGGGGCGGGGCAAGCGGACGGGCGGGGCGGGCGCGGGAGCAAAGCUCUGAGUCACCGGCCACCAACGCCCGGGAGGGAGGGUGGUGUCGCUUACCGCCUGGACCCAGAGCGCACCACCCCCUGAGCAGAAGAACUGGUCCACCAGCGCCUCGGCGCCCAGCGGGCAAGUGGCCAGAUGUUCUAGAAAUUUGGACUCUGCCUCGGCCUCCACCACUGAUAUACUAUGAAAAUUAAAUGCAUCACUUCACGUAAAGGAUUUAGAACAGCACAUGGCACGUAGCAUGCGGGAUCUUAGCUCCCCGACCAGGGGUUGAAC